AUGAAUGGAAUAAAUGUUUCGGGAGAUAAAAACUCUGAGGAGGUUAAAAAGCAAUCGAAGCCGAAAAGGACAACUGUCAAAGACAAGCUUAUGCAAAUACGAUCCAAUAUAACUGUUGAACCUAUUAUAGCAUGUUAUAUUAUGUCCAAUGUGUUUUCUGGGUUAGCAGUCCAAAACUUAAAUUUAGAAAAGGCAUGUAGAGUGAAUUUGGGGUAUAGCGAUGAAGUUUGUUCGGCGUUAAAUAGACGGCAAACGGAAAACUAUACUUUCGAGGAAUCAGAGGUACAAAAGCUGACAGCGUCCGUACAAGCUUGGAAAAAUGUAGUGCAAACAGCUUUUCCCUGCAUUUUAGUUCUAUUUGUGGAGGUCACAGCCCUCUCUGAUUUAUUUCCGUCGCUAACCGGAGGAUGGAUCACUGUUUGCGUUGGUGUAUUCAGCUAUAUUGGUGAUGUAACAACGAAAGAAAUGAGAACAUUCAGAGUAGGAGUAGCAAAUUUGUGCAUGUCCUUGGGAAUACCAAUUGGAAUGUCACUAAGUGGGAUACUUCUGCAGCAAAUUGGCUAUUAUGGAAUUUUUCUUAUUUCUAACUGUUUGUAUUUAACCAGUCUAAUUUACGGAUACAUACGUCUAAAGGACCCUGUUAUUUCCGAAGAAAGACAAAGAGAACAACCAGUGGGCUGUCGGGGAUGGAUGUGUUCAUUUUUCGACGCACGUCAUGUGAGGGAAACUCUCACCGUAGCCUUUAGAAGCGGACCACGACGUAGACGUCUGCGUGUUUCUCUUCUCAUAGUCGUUGUCUGUGUUAUAUUCGGACCCUUACAUGGAGAGAUGAAUGUACUAUACCUGUUCAUGAGAUAUAGAUUCAAUUGGGAUGAAGUACAAUUCAGCAUGUUUUGUACCUACAGCAUCAUAACAAAUUUAGUGGGAACAUUAUUUUCCAUCAGUAUUUUUAGUGACUUCAUGAAACUCGACGAUAGUGUGGUGGGAAUAAUCUCGUGUACCAGCAAGAUACUGGCAUCCUUCAUAUUUGCAUUCGCUAGUACUAAAACGGAAAUAUACAUCGCGCCGCUAGUUGAAAUAUUCAAUGGCACGUCCUUCAUCGCAAUGCGAUCAAUUGCUUCUAAACUGGUGACUAGCGAAGAAUUGGGAAAAGUGAAUUCCUUGUUUGGCUUGGCUGAAGCAAUGAUGCCGCUUGUAUAUGGACCAUUAUAUUCACGGGUCUACAUGGCGACUCUGAACGUUUUGCCAGGAGCUGUGUUCCUUCUGGGAGCCGCGAUGACAGUUCCAGCGGUCGCCAUAUUUGGGUGGAUGUAUUUCGAGCAAAAAGAGGACAACCGGCAAGCUGAAGAAUUGGAAAACGUUAACGAAGUUGCAUAG